AUGCAUUUCGGCCUCGGCGGACGACAGUGCAUCGGGAAGACAGUGGCCACGACAAACAUCUACAAGCUCUUCAGCACUAUACUGAGGGAGUUCACAUUUGAGCUAGCGAAUGAGUGGGAGCGAAUCGAUGCCGAGAAGGGCUUGUAUAAGGGUAAGAUCCCGGACCUGGUCAGCGUGGGAAAUGAGAAGUUAUCAAUGGCACCGACACCUUCGAAAACGCGUCUCUACACGCGAAGGGAAAUCGAAGCCCUGAUCGCAAACAACGCAAAGAUCAUAAUCCUAGAUGGCGAAGUGAUCAAAGCCGACGCGUGGAUCCCGUACCACCCUGGCGGCGAGAAAGCGAUCUUGCACCUUGUUGGCCGCGACGGGACAGAUGAGAUACGCGCGCUUCAUUCGAGAGAAGCACAGGCGCGGAUGAGGAAGUUUGUGAUUGGAAGAAUUGAAGGGAGGUGGGAGAAUUUCUUGCCGCCGAUACAGGGGGGCUUCUUUAGGAAGUUGGGCGAGGAUGGAGAUGGACAUGAACAAAUUGAGGAUGAAAAAGGCGUCGCUACAGAGCUACCUCCGGCGAUCGGUACCAAAGUGAAGCCGAAGCUCAAUGGCAAUGCGCUCGAGCAUGCGAAGACCGUGGAAGCAUCUACAGCCCACGCCAUAUCAUCCGAUAUGACAAACUACCCUCCCCUCGACCAAGAGUCUCAAGACACAAUCAUCCAGAAAUACCGCCAACUUGACGCACGUCUCCGUGCCGAAGGACUGUACGACUGUCCAUAUGGCUCCUACGCUAUUGAAGGUCUUCGAUGCAUAGCCCUCUUCACCCUCUUCCUAACAUGCCUGCACUACGCCUACUACACUCUCGCAGGACUCUUCCUCGGUCUGUUCUGGCAUCAGCUUCUCUUUACUGGUCAUGACGCCGGGCAUAUGGGCAUAACCCACAAUUUUCAUAUCGAUACCUGCAUCGGGAUUUUCAUAGGCGAUUUCCUCGGCGGACUCUCGAUAGGCUGGUGGAAGAGGAACCAUAAUGUCCAUCAUAUCGUCACGAAUUCACCCGCCCAUGAUCCAGAUAUCGAACACCUACCGUUCUUCGCGAUAUCCUCUGAUUUCUUCAACUCGUUAUACUCGAGCUACUAUGACCGAGCUCUGCCCUUUGAUGCUGCUGCCAGGUUGUUUGUAAAGUACCAGCACUGGCUCUACUACCCCAUUCUGGCGCUCGGCCGAUUCAACCUCUAUUUCCUAGCUUGGUCCUACCUAGUUAGUCCAACGCAGGUUGUGAAGAGAGGCCCGGCGUGGUGGCAUCGGUACGUGGAGAUCGCUGGGCUGGUCUUCUUCUGGUACUGGUUCGGGUAUAGGACGAUCUACCUUUCCAUCCCAAGCUGGUCGAGCAGGGUUACAUUCUUGCUUGUCUCGCAUGUGGCCACAGCACCUCUCCACGUGCAACUCACAUUAAGCCACUUCGCCAUGUCAACCGACACAGCCAACACCUCCAUCUCCAUAUCUGGGAAGCUGCAUGAGUCCUUCCCGCAACGCAUGCUCCGCGCAACAAUGGACGUCGACUGUCCGCCCUGGCUCGACUUCUUCCACGGCGGGCUGCAGUUCCAAGUCGUGCACCAUUUAUUUCCGCGGCUGCCGAGGCAUAAUCUACGGAAGGCGCAGAAACACGUCAGGGAGUUUUGCGCGGAUGUCGGGAUCCCUUAUGUGAUCUUUGGGUUUGGGAGGGGGAAUCAGGAGGUGAUUGGCAGGUUGGGCGAGGUUGCAGAGCAGUGGAGGGUCUGGGAAGAGUGUCGGAAGGUUGCGGCGAGGGAGUUGGUGGAGGGGUAUCAGAGGUGA